UCUUUCACACACACACUUCUUUCUCGAUUGUUUCCGCCGUGGGACAUUCCGCGUGUGUGUACGCGCGUACGGUAAUCGCUAUUUGGCAAUUCUGUGCGCCGAGGAGAAAAAUCGCCAAUGCCGGAACGAAGGGUGCAACGAGUCGCUCGGAUCAGUGGACACUGCAAAUCGCAUGUUGCGGCGGAGAGUCGCGUGUGACACCGUGUGAUGCAAUUGCACUCUCGCGUCGAUGCGAGUUCACGUAUUACGAUGGUCCGUGAAAGUGUCGAGAAACCGAGUGCACGUGAAAACCGUCGAGGAGUUUUAUAAAACUGGCUGUUUCUUUUUCGUGUCGCGAUUAAAUACAUGUAUCACUCGCGCCAAAGCCACUUGAAAAUUUUUAUGUGCAAUGCCAUCGAACGCGUGAUAUAUUAAACGCGUUAACGACGACGACUUGCAUCGUUCCACGAUGGGUUCGUCGAGUUGCCGAGGACUCUACCUUGUUUCUUUUUUCGAGGCAGGGAAUCAAAGAUGAAUUUUCCAUCGCCGAACUCGAGCGUUUCGCGCUGCAACUUUCACUAAUGAUUAACGAUUAUCGCUACGCGAGCUAAAGGAAACGUUGCACCAAUUUGAUCCGUAAUAAUCGGCGUUCGUUGCUGUGGCAAGCUCUUGAUUGAGCGAUUCGCGCUCGACGCGAACGAGCCCUCGAGUUUCACUGAAUGUUAAUUCGUCGUCUAAUGUAUCUGGUGGUGUGAUAAAUAGCGUCCUUGUCGACCAGUGACGUUUGACGUCAAGGCCAUUUUGUCGUUAUUACAGUUACUAUUUGGACGGUGACAGAAUCCGCGCGAUCGCCAAGCGAGAGAGAGUACAUGCCAACCGAGUGAAAAUUUGUCUCAACGAAUAUUGGAGGACGUUCAAAGGAGUCUGGGUCGAAAUGUACACUAUCGGCGACGAAUCGCGACGAUAAAAUCGCGACUUGAAGAAACUAUGCGCAACAAUGGUAGAUCGAGAUUCGUGUCAAGGCGGUGUGCGGUGCGUGGAUAGCUGGUAGGUGGUUGUCAAACGUGUCGCCGUGGCGGGAACCUGCAAUUAGUUUCAUUCAAUUUUGCUGUUCGAGGAAUCGCGUUCGUAAAACAAAUUCGACCACAUUGACGUUCAACCGUAUAGAACACACUCAGCCAAACUUGUUUAUCACGAGGAGAAUCGAGAUGGAUCGAAGCCUCAAAAACAACGCGGAUUUCAAGAUGAACCAACAGAACUUUAAGCUGACCGACUUUGGAAUCGACGUAAAAUCCAACCACGAGUCGAAGAACGCGGGUCGGAGCAAUCGGUGCAAAGUUGGACAAAAUGCUCAAGUCAAUCACCGAUACGUUCACGCGGAGAACGCGCGUGUACAGCAGAUUCCGAUGAGUCCGGGACUCGCGAGUGGAUCCAGUUUGCUGCAGGUCGCGUGCAAUCAUCCUCACGCCAGUCCGUGCAACUCGUUGAUGACGUCCAAUCAUCACAGGAACAGCCCGAAUCAACUCGGGCAGAUACAGAAUGCACCGGUCGCGGACCGAUUUCAAGCGUCCAGUCCGAGCAACCUGUCCACUGGUUCGAUCGUGCAACUCGGCUCAUCGCCCAGUUAUUGGAAACAGUACGGCGGCCAAGAAAGCGGGUAUGGCUCGGAUGAAUUCGGACAGGACUCGCCAAGAUACACGUCGCCGAAGGGCGCGUUGUAUGCUGACUCUUAUUAUAUCGAUGGUAAUACUGCAGGAACUGGUCCUGGUGAUCCGUGGACGGGUAGCGGCGGUGGUGUUCAACCCCCAUACAGUGGAUACGCACCAUCUCACCUGGCGCAGUCAGCCUACUCCAUGCACCUACCCCACGACCCUAUGGCAUACUCGGCGAUGUCGCCAAACGGGGAAUCUACAGCGCCGAUUCUGGGCUCAGCGGUGACCAAUGCGGCUUCCCUACCGCCAAUGUCGACAUUCCGGGGUAGUGCCGCGGUCGCGGCAAACAGUGGCACAGGGGCACCGUCCCCGGUAACGUUGCAAUAUAGCCAUAGUCCUGGUGCACCGACGACCGCGCCUUCCGCGCCCAACACUGCACCCGCGACGAACCAGCAAUCCACCACGGACGACACCCUCGGCAAAACCUUGGCAUCCGUCGUGAGCACCCGAAUCUAUCCUACGGACCAAUCAGUAUCCAGUUAUAGCAGUAAUCCAUCUACACCUGUCAGUUCGCCACCGCCUUUAACCGGUUCGGCACCAAGUUGGGCACCCGGAGCCGCGCCGGUCUCUCCGCAUUUCACGGCGGAUCCCAAUCGUGGUAUUCACAUGCCGGCGCCUGAACAGCAGAGGCUAGACGAUGCCAUCGGCUUCCUUCGCGACCAUGCCGAGUUGGUACAGGGGACCCGAAUGGAGGAACGACUAGACGAUGCCAUAAACGUCCUGAGGAAUCACGCUGAGAGUCAAGUCGCCCUUCACCUCGGCCCGGUUGGUCCACAUGGCGGCAUAUACUCGCAUACCUCACCACCGCAGUUGGAACAUUUGACGAGUCCACAUCCUGCGGUAACGGUAACGCAACCUCAGGGUUCUUACCCCGGUCUUACGCCUACGCCCGAUACAGACGGUUCCAUCAAGAUCGAAAGGUUACCAGUUUCGAAUGCCAAAUACAUCCCCUUAGAAAAAAGAAAAGAUCCGCCCGACAGUAGUGGAGGCGAGACGAAACCAUCGAGUAGCGAACUCGCGGCAGCCGGCGUAAUUGGGACCGCUACGGUCAAUUCGACGUCGCAGGGAAAAGGGACGAAGAGAUCUCGCAGAUAUUCGAGCGCUGACGAAGACUGCGACGAUCCCGACACCAAAGCGGUGCGUGAGAAAGAACGUCGCCAGGCCAACAACGUGCGUGAAAGUUCGAGCGCUGAGGAUGAAGAUGAUGAUCCCGACAUGAAGGCGCAAAGGGAGAAAGAGAGGCGGCAAGCAAAUAACGCUAGGGAAAGGAUACGUAUCAGGGACAUCAACGAGGCUCUAAAGGAACUUGGCAGAAUGUGCAUGACACACCUAAAGACAGACAAGCCCCAAACGAAACUUGGUAUUCUCAAUAUGGCUGUUGAAGUUAUAAUGACGCUGGAACAACAAGUCAGGGAGCGGAACCUUAAUCCGAAGGCUGCGUGCUUAAAAAGAAGAGAAGAGGAAAAGGCCGAGGAUGGUCCAAAAUUACCAGGCCAUCUUGCAGCGCACAUAGCACAUCCACAUUCUCAUCCACACGCACACUCCCAACCGCCCUUCCCUGCAUUACCCGGCCCACAACCUUCCCUUCAGCACAAUCCACCGCAACCACAGUAGCAGCGGCUCAGCGGCGGUGUCAUUCUGUGUUAAGGGGUAGAUACAUCUUAAAAUAGAUCAAUUUACCAACGUGACUUGCAUAUUCAUACAAAACUUUUUUCUGCUUUUAUGAGUUUUCAAAGUUCUCAAAGAAUUGUACAUAUUACGUAGGACGUUGCAAAUUGAUAAAAGAAUAAAGAAUAAAGAGAGUUUUGUUUCAAUUUGCAUUUUUCCUAUGUCGAUUAUUAUUUAAUAUCUAUGCACUUGUACUAUUUCUAUCCUCAAAUUUGCAUUACUUUGAAACUAGAAUAUAUCGAAAUUAAAAGUUCGAUCGAGCAUUACGCGUUUUCAGUAUAUUAUAGCAAAGGUAGCGAAAGUGCGCUAGAGAAUACGCAUAAAAUCUUAUUCGAUCGUGUUUUUGCACUAUAAUAAAGAAAAAAGUUUUUUAUGUUUAUGCAAGCGUAGUGUAAGUAAUUUUAAGAGGUGCCUACCCCCUCAAGGCGGCUUGAAAUUAUUUUUAUAAAUAGCGAAAAGAAAAAACAAAGGAAUAUGGUUCCUCUCUUUCGAGAUAUAUAAUGUGUAGUACACGAUCGAGGUUUUAUUAACGGUCGAACUUCGCUGCUGACUCAUGUUAAAUUGCCCACUUCUGUGUAUACACUACCGAUACCGUUGCGUUUACGUUAUAGCGCGCAAUAGCUAGGAAGAGAACUCAAGUUGGCGGCAAAGCCAUUGACUAAAGAUGAAGAUAAAGACGAUAUAUUUCCGAAUUAGAACGAAGCCAUACUUUCGCGUUAAUGGAGCAUUAAUGGAGUUGUUACGAAAUCAUCAAAUGAUUGGAGACUGAAAGUUCUGUGUCCGUAAUGUAACAUUAUGUAAAAACAAAGUUUAAGUGUACGGCAAUGUGAUAUGAUGAUAACAUAUCAUAUAAUCUGAAUCUUUGCAAAGUAAUAUCAUCUUUUUCUUACGGCCGAGUAUGCAUAAUCCGUUGCCGAUGAAUUUAACAUACGGAUUAUAUGUAUGUAUCGUCUUUAUAGUCAUCAUUAGACGCUGACGGUACUGUACAUAGAAAUUAUUGUUUACGAAUGUUCAGAAUGUGAAUUGAAGAUGCUAGCGGUUCGUUCACGCUCGUGAGAAACGCCAUUUGCAACUGGUUCGCGAUGUUACGAGAAAAUCGUAUUCCGAUACUUGCAGUUUUUCUUUUAACACGUGCAACUUGAUUAGAGAAAUAAAGAUUAGCUUGUUUUGUUGGCAUUUUGUUUCUUACACUGCUUUACUCAAAAGAUUCGGUCAGUACUGUCCAAUCUUGCAAGAGAAGCUGCAACUUUCAGAUCGUAACGAAUGUUUCUUAUGACAUCGCGUUGUUUUAAAUACUCCAACUAUUAACAUCAACAUUGUAUAAAAGAAAAGAAGAAAAUGAACACGAUCGCAAAGAUAUCCUACUUAGGAAAAUAAAUUAUUAACAUGUAUUUAUUUUGCUACUGUUACUGUCGAAAUGUUUCCCGGCAAAAGUCAAUUAUGUAUGCCAUUUGAGUGCCAUUUAGAAUUUGGUUGAUUUUGACGUAAAGUUGGAUUAAAAGAUUCAGCUAUAGCUUUUAUUUAGCGCAUCGUAUUCUGCACGUUAUUGUAUACAAAUUAUUCUUAUUCUUAUUUAUAAAAGUCAUUUUAAUUUCUAUAUUUUAAACUGUAUAAAAUAUUUUUAUUAUAAUUUUAAGUAAAUAGCGUGAACGAUCCGUAUCCAAAACCGGAGAGUACAUUAUAAGAAAUAACGUAAGAGAUGAAAAAUUCGUGCAUUAUCAUUAACAAAUAAUUUGUUAAUCGAUUUAUUUCAAGGAUCGUGCGGACGAUCUGUAAUUUAAGAGUGACGGAGGACUCCUAAUUUAAGACGUUUUAGAACAUUUUCUUGAAUUAUAUAUUAUUAGCUAUAUUUUUAUCAUUUACGUUUUAUCAUUUUUUUGCUAUCGGGGUGUUUUGGCACAGAUAUCGUAAUUCCGAAAUGAACUGUCCUACACGUUAUUGAAGAAAGCACCGAGUAGUAAAAAUAUGCAGCAGAAAAA